CGGACCAUAGCGCGCGGGGCUCCGGGGGCAUCCGCCGCUCGGCUCCGUCUGCGGGCCUUGUCCGCCUCUCUUGUCCUCCUCCUGCGGCCGCGCUGCCGGGCCCUCGCGCGUUGACGAGGUCGACAAGCAGCAUGGCGGUGGAGGAAGAAGGGCUGCGGGUCUUCCAGAGCGUGAGGAUCAAGAUCGGUGAAGCUAAGAAUCUUCCUUCCUACCCGGGGCCAAACAAGAUGAGGGACUGCUAUUGCACCGUGAACCUGGACCAGGAGGAGGUUUUCCGGACCAAAAUUGUGGAGAAGUCACUCUGCCCCUUUUAUGGAGAAGACUUUUACUGUGAAAUCCCUCGGAGUUUCCGUCACCUGUCCUUUUACAUUUUUGACAGAGAUGUUUUCCGAAGGGAUUCCAUCAUAGGCAAAGUGGCCAUCCAGAAGGAAGACUUGCAGAGCUACCACAACAGGGACACGUGGUUCCAGCUGCAGCACGUAGACGCCGACUCAGAGGUGCAGGGCAAGGUCCACCUGGAGCUGAGACUGAGCGAGGUCAUUACAGACUCUGGUGUUGUCUGCCACAAACUCGCUGCACGCAUCUUUGAGUGCCAAGGUCUCCCCAUUGUGAACGGGCAGUGCGACCCUUACGCCACAGUGACAUUGUCCGGACCCUUCAGGUCUGAAGCAAAGAAGACGAAAGUGAAGAAGAAAACGAACAACCCCCACUUUGAUGAGGUGUUUUAUUUUGAGGUGACCAGACCCUGCAGCUACAGCAAAAAGUCCCACUUUGACUUUGAGGAGGAAGAUGUAGACAAACUUGAAAUCCGAGUUGACCUCUGGAAUGCCAGCAACCUGAAGUUUGGGGACGAGUUUCUUGGGGAGCUGAGGAUCCCCCUCAGAGUGCUGCGACAUUCUAGCUCUUACGAAGCCUGGUUCUUCCUCCAGCCCCGAGACAACGGCAGUAAAAGCCUGAAGCCCGAUGACUUGGGGUCGCUGAGGUUAAAUGUAGUUUACACAGAAGACCACGUCUUCUCCUCUGAGUACUACAGCCCCCUGCGUGACCUGUUACUGAAGUCUGCGGAUGUGGAGCCUGUCUCGGCCUCAGCAGCGCACAUCCUGGGUGAGGUGUGCAGAGAUAAGCAAGAGGCUGCCAUCCCACUGGUACGGCUCCUGCUGCACUACGGCAGGGUGGUGCCCUUCAUCAGUGCCAUUGCCAGUGCAGAGGUGAAGAGGACCCAGGACCCCAAUACCAUCUUCCGAGGAAACUCACUAACAUCUAAGUGCAUAGAUGAGACGAUGAAGCUGGCGGGCAUGCACUACCUCCAUGUGACCCUGAAGCCCACCAUUGAGGAGAUCUGCCAGAGCCACAAGUCCUGUGAAAUUGACCCUGUGAAGCUGAAGGACGGUGAAAACCUUGAGAACAACAUGGAGAGCCUGCGGCAGUACGUGGAUCGCAUCUUCACCGUCAUCACGAAGUCCGGAGUGAGCUGUCCCACCGUCAUGUGUGACAUCUUCUUUUCCUUGCGGGAGGCAGCUGCCAAGCGCUUCCAAGAUGACCUGGAUGUGAGGUACACAGCUGUGAGCAGCUUCAUCUUCCUGAGGUUCUUCGCUCCUGCCAUCCUGUCUCCAAACCUCUUCCAGCUGACACCCCACCACACAGAUCCACAGACAUCUAGAACCCUGACACUUAUCUCAAAGACGAUCCAGACUCUGGGCAGCUUGUCCAAGUCCAAGUCUGCCAGUUUUAAGGAAUCCUACAUGGCGACAUUCUAUGAGUUCUUCAAUGAGCAGAAGUAUGCAGAUGCUGUAAAAAAUUUCCUGGAUUUGAUCUCAUCCUCGGGGAGAAGGGACCCCAAGAGCAUAGAGCAGCCCAUCCUGCUUAAAGAAGGAUUUAUGAUUAAGCGGGCCCAAGGAAGGAAACGAUUUGGAAUGAAGAAUUUCAAGAAGAGGUGGUUUCGCCUGACGAACCACGAGUUCACCUACCAGAAAAGCAAAGGUGAUCAGCCCCUCUGUAGCAUCCCCAUUGAGAACAUCUUGGCUGUGGAGAGGCUGGAGGAGGAGUCCUUUCGUAUGAAGAAUAUGUUCCAGGUCAUCCAGCCAGAGCGCGCGCUAUACAUCCAGGCCAACAACUGUGUGGAGGCCAAGGACUGGAUCGACAUCCUCACCAAAGUGAGCCAGUGUAACCAGAAGCGCCUCACCACGUACCAUCCAUCCGCCUACCUGAACGGCCACUGGCUUUGCUGUAGGGCCUCCUCAGACACGGCUGCUGGCUGUACUCCCUGCACCGGCGGGCUCCCAGCAAACAUCCAGCUGGACAUCGAUGGGGACCGUGAGACGGAGCGUAUCUAUUCUCUCUUCAGCCUGUACAUGGGCAAGCUGGAAAAGAUGCAGGAGGCCUGUGGCAGCAAGUCAGUGUACGACGGCCCUGAGCAGGAGGAAUACUCGACGUUCAUCAUCGAUGACCCCCAGGAGACCUACAAGACACUGAAGCAGGUCAUCGCUGGGGUGGGGACCCUUGAACAGGAGCAUGCACAGUACAGGAGGGACAAGUUCAAGAAGACGAGAUACGGGAGCCAGGAACACCCUAUUGGAGACAAGAGCUUCCAGAACUACAUCAGGCAGCACUCUGAGACCUCCACCCAUUCCAUUUGAAGUCCCAGCAUCUCCCUGAAUGUGCUGUUGAGCCGCACCGGGAAAACCCACAACCGUUAAUAGCAGACAAAAGAAGACAGAACACGUACAUGGAGAGGAACCACGUUCACCAGUUCACACAAGUCCUACCGUGCCGGUGGUGCCACUGCGAGCCACGCAUGCUCCUUCCCGGCAGGAACUGUUGCCUGGUCUGUGCACUUUCCUUGGCUGCCAGCACAGGUGGUCUGA